ACACACACUUGUUGGUGUAGCAGACGAUAUAAGGCAGCGUUACAAUACCAGGAAAGAUACCCAGUUUUUCAAUAAUGUUGGACACAAUCCACUCCUACGUAUCCAUCGAACCGUUCUCCAAAUCAAGCCUCUAGCAUGAUUUGAGAUUGGAAUCAUAUUCACCCCCUGUUAUUACAAGUACCUAGGUAGAAGAAGAAGGCAAGUGCAAGCACAAGCAACAUCAUCAUCAUGUCCACGGUGCAAAAGCUCAAGCCUUCCCUCGUGUUCACACUCGCCGUAUGCUUCGGGUCUCUAUUCAUCGAACAGACCGCCACUGAGAAUGCGAGGUGCCAUACAGAAUACACAUGGAUCUCCUCGGGUGGCAAUGAGUUUGGGUAUGAAGCCCUAAAUGAAGAAAUGUGUGGCAGCAGUAGUACCUGUGGCAACAAAUACCCGAAACCAGAGGGGCUCGAGGACAGACCCCCUCCUGUAGAAAACAAAACUGUAGAAUUGUCCUUCUUCAGCAUCAUCUUGGAUCCUACCAAAAACUCUACCUGUCUUGGGAUCACCUAUACUCUGAACCGUUAUGGGGCAUCCAAGGUAAAAGGAGUACAGUUUUUGUUGCAUGGACUUGGCUACAACAGCCACAACACUGAGUGUUGCCAGGUCCUGAACUACACAGUUGAACUGAGCUAUGAGGCUGUUGUCAGCAAUCCAAACUCAGGUGAACCUCGGCGAUUUCAGUUUGACUGUUUUUGUGAUCUGUGGCCUUUGGAGCCUUACAAACUUACCAUUCGGACUCUGCCAGUAGAUUUUGAUAACCAAACACUCCUUGAUCCGUCCAGCAUCGUCAGAGACUUCAAAGUACCAGGAUGUGAUUCACGCGAAUGGGACCAGUACUGUCAAAAGUCUAGAGAAGAGCUAUGGAAGCCACAGUUAUUACUGCCUGAGCAGCUCUUCCCAGAGUACAUGAAACUGAACGUCUCAUUCAAUAUUGCCCCUUCUGACUACCGCUUUGUGGAAUAUGUGAUCAGCGUUUAUAAAGUAGAUGUUCCAAGACCGUUGUACACUCAAGUUGCUCAUACUCCAUUGAACUCUGUGCCAGUGAUGGUCAAUGGAAUGAUGAUGGAUGUGACUAGUCUAAUCUUCACGUUGUCAGAAGAAGAUAUUGGAAAAUCCCUCCAUGUUUCAAUGUUCCCAAAGUGUGCCGAUGGUACACUAGACUGUAACACGCCAACCUAUACAGAUAAAACUAACAUUGUUGAAAUCAUAGUCCACAGAUGA